AUGAUGUUUGUUAUUCGAAAUUUGGUUGAUCACAUAUUGCCAUUCUUUAUAUUAGUUAUUUUAAAUUUCCACAUUGUUCGCGCAUUAAGAAGAGAAAGUAAAAGAGUUAUUAAUCAAAAUAAUUUCAACAAAAAUUGCUCACAACAUUCUAAUAAUUUUUGCUCUUCAUGUUUAUUAUGUAAUAAUAAUAUUCAACAAAAUUCAUUAAUAUUAAAUGGAUAUGAAAAGGCUAAUAAUAAUACUAGUUUUAGAUCAAUUAGAGAAAGUUUGAAAAAUAAGAGUUGGCUAAGAAAUAAAAAUAAAAAAAUAAUUAAUAUUAAUAAAAUUGAAGACCAAACACAAAAAAAGAAUUUAAGAGCAGCAACACGAGCACUAAUUUCAGUUGUUUCAAUGUAUUUAAUGUCUAAAGUAUUACAAGUUGCUGUUACCUUCUUUGAAACAUUUUCGCCCGAAAGACUUACUGAAGAUGAGUUUCGUCCAAUUUAUUCUUAUGCCAACGAUAUUAUUCCUAUUUUGACAUUACUUUCGAGCACUCUUCGAUUUCCAAUUUAUUGUGUUUGUAAUAAACCAAUGCUUAUAGCCACUCGUGUAAGUAGUUAUUUAUAA